UUUAGCAGAUAUAAUAAUCUGAAGAUCAAAACACAAAAAAAAUGGCAGAAAAUGUUGCGAAGAAGGCGCAUGCUAUCAUGAUCUCGAUGCCAUACCAAGGACACAUAACCCCAUUCGUGAGCCUGGCUCUCAAGCUCGCCUCCAAAGGCAUAACGAUCACCUUCGUUCAUCUCGAAUCCGUCCACCACAAACUAUCCAAAGCCAGCCACAAAGCCGAUCUCUUCGCCGAUGCUACGGAAUCCGGCCUUGACAUACGCUACGCCACCAUCUCUGACGGCUUCCCUCUCCACCACGACCGAGAUCUCCACCCUGAAAAAUACUGGACCACUCUCCUCCAAAUAUUUCCGUCUUAUGUCGACGAUUUCGUCGGAAAAUUGAUCCGCUCCGAUCCACAAUCCCUCCAUUUCUUAGUUGCUGACACCGUUUACAUCUGGCCGGCCGCCAUCGCUCGCAACUACAAUCUCAUCAAUGUCUCCUUCUAUACUUCUCCGGCUCUCGUCUUUUCUCUGCUCUACCACUUGGAUCUUCUCAGAGAAAGAGGUCAUUUUCUACGAAAAGAUGAGACGGCGGAAAUCGACUACGUUCCUGGAGUAGGCUCGAUGAAAAUCAGGGAUUUGAUGACAUCUCUAUCGAAAAGCAGCGACAUCACCGGAAAUUCUCUGUACAAAGCGUUUGAGGAAGUGAAAAAAGCAGAUUUCAUAUUGCACAACACAGUUGAAGAGCUAGAAUCCGAUACACUAUCAGCUCUCAACAAAUACCAGCCCAACUACGCCAUCGGCCCCAUCAAUUUAUCCGAGGCCAGCAGCGUCGCCGUCGGGAGAAGCCUUCACGCCGAGGUAGACUUAACCAAGUGGCUCGGUUCCAAGCCGGCCGGUUCGGUUUUAUACGUCUCGUUCGGGAGCGUGGUUCAGACUAGCAAGGAAGUGAUCGGAGAGAUAGCUCACGGUCUUCGUCUCAGUGAGGUCAACUUUAUUUGGGUUGCUCGAGCGCAUCUCACCGCUUCCGGUGAUUCCAAUGUUUUACCGGAUGGAUUCGUGGAGGAGGUCGGAGAUCGGGGAUUGAUAGUUCCGUGGUGCGAUCAGAUUAGUGUUCUUUCAGAUCCGGCGGUUGGGGGGUAUUUGACGCACUGUGGGUGGAACUCGGUGGUGGAGAGCAUGUGGUGCGGCAUUCCGAUGAUCUGUUUCCCAGUGACUUACGAUCAGCCGACGGUCAGGAAGCUGGUGGUUAGUGAUUGGGAGAUUGGAAUAGAUCUCGGCGAUGCAGCGACGGUUGAUAGGGAGGGAGUUGCGGAGAAGGUUAGGAAUUUGAUGAGCGGUGGCGCUUCCGAAAAGAUGAGGAAAGAGGCCGCAAAGGUUAAGCAGAUGGUGCGUGGUGCAGUGGAAGCCGAUGGAUCUUCUUCUGUCAACAAUUUUAAUCGUUUUAUAGUGGAUUUGAAGAACAAACUCUGUAUCAAUUAAUUGUGUAUCAUUCCAAAAUGUAGUUCUAUAUCUGGACUAUUCAAUUGCUAUUUUGCAGUAGAGUGAUGCUAUAUUUUGCAUUAAA